AUGGCGAGAAGGUGCAUUUACUGCGGCAACAACUUCGAAGGCUACAACUGCGGUUGUGAGAAGUCUUUCGGUGGCGGUUCCGGUUCAGGAUCGAGUUCGGGUUCGAAUUCGAAUUCAAAGCCGGCCGUCACUUCCACCGGUUCGACUGCCGCGGGCUCCAGCGGCUCAAAAUCCAAAUGGCCGCAGUCUACGUCUACCCGGACUCACGACGCGGAGAAAUGA